AUGGAAGCGAGGAAGUUGCUCAAGGCCAAGAAGUUCUGGUUGGCAUCUUUCCUAAUUGCCUGGGCUGCAGCUCUUCAGGGGCAUAUGAUGUGGCUACAGAGGCAGGAUUCCUUCAAGCAGAAGUUCGGUACCCUAAAUGAGAACGAAGAAGGAGAAGACUGAUUUCGAAUUUCUCUCUUCCUGUGACCUGCGCGAUUCAGAUUCAAGUUUUCAACUCGGUUUCUUUCGAUUGCUUCAGCCUUUGUCACUGCUCCGGGAUGGAUGCGAUCCCUAAUUACGGAUAUGUCAGAGUAGGAUGGCAUCGGCGCCGGUGAACAAGAAAUGUAACAUUCUUGUCUCCCAGUUUUGCUUUUAUGAUGUGAAGCAUGAGUAGCUGAUAUUUGUGCUUACUCUGAUUCCAGACUCUCAGAUUGUUUUUACACUAUACAAUAGAACGUUGAGAGAUUAAUAGACUGCAAGGAAAACCAUAGAAUGGUCUCAAA